UGUCAAAACAUUUUGAGUACAAGAAGUAACAGGACUGCAGGCGAGUAGCCUAAGCAUGACAGCCUUCUCUAUAUGAUAAAACGAGCCUUGGAUCGAUAAAGAGAGUGCCGCUCCGUCAGAAGAAGCACACGACUGGGUGAGAAGAGUGAAAAGCCAAGUGUUAAGAGGCUGCAUUGUGUUGAGCCACGAUGCCUCACUAAGACAUCUCAUCUCACACUGUGGAGAGGCUAUACUGCUGUUAACCUGCAAACUGCAUUUGACCCACUUGAAAAACUCACCACCCCCCCAACACACCAUACACACACACACACACACACUGCUGCCAGUCUUCUAUUUAAGCACGAUGUCUUCUCGGGGUCAGGACCCACGGCUGGAGUGCCAGAUCUGCUUUCACUUCUACGGUAGCCGGCGGCGGCCCAAGCUGCUGGGCUGUGGUCACACCUGCUGCUCGGCGUGCCUGCGGCGCAUAUGCGGGGGCCGGCGCGAGCUGGCCUGUCCCUGGUGCCGCUCCCUCACCCUCCUGCCCGAGGGCCUCUCCGUGUCCGAGCUGCCCGACGACCCGCAGACGCUGGCGCCCCUCCUGGCGCCCGUGUUCAUGCGCCUGCCCGGCCACGGCUGCUACCUGCUGCCCUUGGCGGUGGACGCCCAGGCUCCUCUGUUGCCCGCGGAGAUCGCGCCCUGCUUGGUCAGAGCCGGUCAGUUGAAGGAUGUUACCGUGGUGACACAUGCCGAUAACAGGAUGCUGGAUUUGGAAAGGGCAGGAGGCAGAGGAGGAGGAGGAGGAGAGGAAGAUCAGGGAGAGGAGCAGGAAGUGGAACAGUCACGCUGGACAAAGGCCUGCACAGUGGUCCUUGUCGUCAUCAUUUUCCUCCUUCUGCUAGGCGUCAUUUUGCAAAGCAUUACAUGUGUCUCCAAACCUUACACAAUAAUAUCGUGUGGGUGAAGCCAUAGAGGAGAUGGAUGGAGCUUCCACGCACUCUGUGACCAACACUCUAGAGUAUUCUACAGGACUAAAUGACUCUGUGGCCAACACCGCAGUAGAGACGGACUGCUGCUACUCUAAAGGACUAAGUGCUCAUUAUUUUUACAAGGAUGGUGUUGCGGCACCAAGAUCAAGGUUUAGAAAGGUGGUGACGGUGGGAUAUUUUUCUAUUUUCCAUUAUUGUAUAAAAACAUUCCUGAUCUGUUUAUCAACUUGUUCACAGAACGACUCAGUCAAAGAUUGUCUAGUUGCUUUAUAAACUGUCUCUGACUCAUUCUUAACCUCCAGUAUACAGAUAGACAGUGGCCACUGGUGAUUGGUACUGUUAUGCACAAUCCAAAGAGUGUUUUGUUUGUCUUAUAAAUCUAUCUGAGAAUCUACUUGAAGACAUGUUAGCAAUAAAUGUAUUCCAAGCAAACAGUUCCAUAAGUGUUUUAAAACAAUGAACAGUUAAAGUGUUCUUUUUCCCUAUUUCUAUUUCUGUAAGCCUGGUAUUGAAGAAAGACAUAGUUCUUUUUUUGUUUUUUUUAAAGGCCCCCAUAAUAAACGGAUUAAAUUACAUAGGCUGAUACAGAUAAACUUCCCAAAAUGUUUCCAUUCAAAAUUCGUCAUCUGCACCUUCGUUUCUACUCUGGCCUUGAUAUGUUCAUACCAACCCAUGUGGGCUACAGUACACUCAAAAGAUACCACAGACAGACACAUUUCUCACAGACAGGAGGCAUGAAAAGUAAAAAUGUGUGUGGGAAACUUUUGCUUUGUCAGCUUUGAGUCCUGUAAGAACAGCAUGGCCGCUCCAAAGACUGUCUGUGCAGUAGAGUGUUGACGUGUGAAGACUGCAGCAGUACCGUACGUACAAGAUAAAACUGUUUUUCUUCAGCUCGUUGGUAAAGUUGUGGUUAAAGAAUCAGUGAAAUUGUUGAGGUUUCAUUUACAGUGUUCACUGCAAGAAGUUAAUAGGCUUGUCUGACCUUGGUGAAUGCACCAACAGAGGCUCUUUUUCAUAAAGGAUGUACACCAUCCACAUCACUUAUUUAGCCUGCAGUGUUGCCACAGUAUCCAUUGUAAGACUAAUACUUCACACCUACUUUUAAUCAGUUGAACCAAAUAAACUUAAAUCUGUUAGUUGUAUGAGGGCCAGUCUGUGCAUAAUGUGUCUCGACCUCUGAACACAAGGCCGUGUGCACAGAUGUGUACAUACUUUCACCAGCAGGUUGCACUGUUGGACAAAGAAAUCUAUGUCCAAGAAAUAUAGGUUCACUGAAAACAUGCUUAUCAUGGCAUUGGGUGGCAAGCAUUUCUAAUCUACACAGUUACACUGGGGUUGUAGUGUAGUCUAGUGUUAAGUGAUUACUAAUGAGGUAAAAAAUGUGCCACGAAUGAUUGCAAAUGAAAUUAAAGAUAAUGUUUUUGUAUAACUUCAUUGUAUGCUCUUAAAUUGCAUCUAUGUUCAAGAAGUAUGAUGGUCAACAGCCUUAAACUAAUUUUCACAGGCUCUCGUUAUAAUUCAAAAUACAAUUAGCAUUAUGCAAUGACCUAAUAAAGCUAUCUGCAGUAUCUACAGUGAGGAGCAUAUGUAUUUGAUACCAUGCUAAAACAGGAAUAUAAAAUCAUCAUUUGACAAUUGAUCUUAAUGCCUUAAUUCAAAAAAUGAGUAAAAAUAAAACCGCCAAGGACGCCAAUUUUCUUUGUGAUUGAAGAAUGUAUCAUAAAUAAAUAAAUGUUUUCCUUAAAUGCUAAGGAAAGGAAGUAUUUGACCCCCUAUGUAACCCUAUGGGAAUUUAACACAUAGGGUUAACAUAGGGGCAGGCAGAUUUUUAUUUUCAAAGGCCAGCUAUUUCAUGGAUCCAGGAUAUUAUGCAUCCUGCUAAACAUUGCCCCUCAGCCCAGAUAGAGUUUGCUCAUUAACUUCAGGUGAUGAAAAGGACCUGGCUACCCUGCCUGUGUGUUAUGGAAUUUUACAAUGCCAAUUGGCCGGGUUUCCCAGAAUCGUUAAGUGCUAAGAAUUUCUUAGGAGCGUUCUUUGAACAUUCUUACAACAAGAAGUUCUUAGCACUUAAGAGCUUCUUAACAAUUCUGGGAAACCCGGCCCAGGUCAUAAUUUCCACACCUGAUGCAAGGAUGGCUUAACUUCAUUUGAACUUUUGUGUAGGCUUAGUUUAGCAUGAGUGCAGUCUUCACUUAAAGCAGCAAUGUAAUGCGUUUACCUUAAAGUAAGGGCCUCUUGGUGCUAAUGUCACUAUAUUUAUUUACACCAAUGAAUGUGUGAGUAAACACCCCUGGCUUAUUGCAGGGACCAAAACACAGCUUCAUUCUGAAAUGAAACAGCUUGUACGGUGUGAUGCUCACCAUCUGGUUGUUAAUGACAACAAAACAAAAUAAAUU